AUGGACGAUCCGGAGGAGCUACAUCAGCAGUGGCAUGUCGUGGAGAAGAUCAGCGGGGAGUACCAUGUCUUGAUGCAGGACCACAGUCCAUUUGACGUUGCGGCGUGGCACGGCAAUUGCUUGCCUUACAAGACUUCUGUCACCCAAGAUAUGCUGAGCGUGUGUUCCCGCUUUGCAGUACGAUAUGACCAAGUUCGUCGACCAUACGGAUCCUUAAUCUGGACGCUUCUGGCCGCACGUUCGCGCGAUCCCAACGUGCCGCUCGACUACUUCAUCUGGUUCGGGCCGCGCUGGGACGUCGCCAUGAAUAGCUUCCGUCUGCCGUAUUUCAUCGCAACAGCGCGAGCGAGUUCAUUGCGAACAUCUACGGCGCGUCGGGCGGGCGGAGCGCCAACUUCAGACCGGGCGGAGGCGUCUAUGAGGCCGGUCACACGGCUAACGACGGGCGUGGUCCAACGGAUCGGCUCGCACGUCACCAAGGUCGAGCCGGGCCAUCACCUCGUGAUGGUCUUCUCGUGCGGCGGCGAGUGUAAGUACUAUCUGCGUAAGCAGUCGUCGUACUGCGACGUGUGGUUUCAGUACAAUUUUGGGGUGGGGUGGGUGGAUGGGUCCAAGGUGUUUUCGGACCCCGGGGGCGAGGCGCAUUGCGAGCUAUUUCUUCGGGCAGAAUAG